AUGAAUCUCGACACUAUUCCUCAUAAGUACGUUGCGGCGAGAUGGUGCAAGUAUAGCAUCUUGUGUCCAAAUGAUUCAACAGAUCAAGUGCAAAAUCAUGACAAGCAUUCCAAAUCUAAUUUGGAGCUUCGCAUAUUCAAGAUUGUAAGUGAAUCCAUUGGACACGUUAGGGGCAAUGAAGAGUUGUGUAAUCAAUUAUAUGAGAAUCUCAUUGAAGUUAGGGACAAGUUUGCGAAGCUCGGAACACCGGAGAACUCAUCCUUGUCGAAGAACAAGAUUUUCGAUGAGUUUUAUGGAUCGUCUCCAACCGAAUCUCCAUCUGUUCUGCCACCAGAUGUCGCUAAGACUAAAGGGAGUGGUGCCGGUGGACGUAGAAAAUCGGAAAAAGAAAAGGCAAUGCUACUUGCACAGAAACCCAAGUGGCUUUGCAGGAAAUGUAAGACGAGGGGCCAUCAUGAUUCAAGAAACUGCCCUACAAAGGAUGACGCAGAUCUUAGUUCCUAG